GUGUCACGGCCACGGCCAAUGAUGGCAGUAGCAACGUGCCGGAGGUGCAACUCGAUGAAGAAUGUGCAAAAGUCUUUGCCAUGGACAGUGAUUCCAUCGGCUUCGACUUUCAUGAUCCUCCAUUUUCCGGACAGCCAAAAUUUGGGGAGAAAGAUUACAUUCAGCACCGCAAAAACUACCCGCAUAUGCACGCCCCUAUCAAAAUCGGUUCAAAGUCGAUGAAACGCCGUAGCUCCCAACAACCAAAUGCAGUUCCCGCAUCAGUCGAGUCACCGCUGGAAUCCAUUAGCAAAUCACCCACUCUAGAACUGUCAGCACCAAAUUGCAGCCCUUCGUCGAGCAAUAAACGUGAAGAAUCCAUUUCCAUCGCAGAUCAUCCGAAUAAUACGGCAUUAGAAGAGUCCAACAGUUCAGAAUCCGAGUGUGUUUUAUCUGAUCCGUGUAAUUAUGCUGUACGUGAUUUCGGAGAAGAACUAUCCCCAGAGAGAAAGGUUUCUUUCCUGAAUGAAAAUGGUGAUCAAUUCGACGUGAAUGGUCCCAAAGAAAAAAAGAAAAAACGACAUCACCAUGGUCACCAUUCCAAAUUUCGAAAAUAUUCUCUGCCCGACGUUCCACAUAGAAAGCGACAUCACAGCGAAAAAUCGGAUGGUUCAGGAUUCAUUAAGGGUAGAAGAAUUUCAACCCAGCCAGAAGAUCAAGAUCUCACCCCCAACGACAGAGAUCAGUUGGAUAGUCACAGGUCGGAUGAUCCUCGCGGAUUUAGAAGGCAUAAGACAUCAAGACCUUCGAAUGCUUCUCUGAUGCAUAUUGGUAAGGGUUCCGAACUGCACCCUUCCUUGAAAAAGUUGUAUGAUCACAGUCCACACGCGAUUUUUGUGGAACUCGCUGAAAUUUGCACCACCGAGAAUCGUGAUGAACGCGAAUGGAAAGAAACUGCUCGAUGGAUCAAGUACGAAGAAGACGUCGAAGAGGGAGUGGAUCGUUGGGGUAAACCCCACGUCGCAUCCCUUAGUUUUCAUUCUUUGCUCAAUUUACGGAGAUGCUUGGAGGAAGGUCUGGUGAUUUUGGAUAUGGAAGAACGGGAUCUGCCUGCGAUAGCAUACAGAAUAUCAGAAGAUUUAUACAAAGAAGAUUUGAUUAAAGAAGAAGAUAAAGCAAAGAUAAUGAGAUGUUUGCUUCUUAGGCACCGGCAUGUGAAUGAUCAUCAAGAUAGAGGUUUCAGAUUCACUAACAAGAAACAUAGUUAUACGUCUUUACAGUCACUAUGGCUGGAGGAUGGUGUUAAUUAUGAUGCUGUCAUGAUGGCUCGUUGCUCAGUGUGCUCUGCACAAGGACAUCUAUGCGCCCCUCACGUGCUUCCAAGGACUCCAUCUUACCCAAACAACUUAUUCGAUGACGAAAAAAGAAAAGCUACAUCCGAUGGUACCAUCAAAAAUGGAGAUCCGGCUCACGACGCUCUCUUGAAACCCCCCGAGAACCACACCGUGGUCGAUAUUAAGGACGACGCCCACUUCAGCACCGAAGAUGUCAGGAAAGCUCACAACGAUUCAAUCCUGAGGAAAAUUCCUGUCGGAGCACAGGCAUCCACGGUGCUCGUCGGAGACAUAGAUUUUCUGGAUCAGCCGGCCAUAGCGUUCAUCCGAUUAGCUGAAGGGGUUGUCAUACCGUCGCUCAUUGAGGUUAACAUACCAGUCAGAUUUAUAUUUUUACUCCUUGGUCCAAAACUUCCCAACAUCGACUACCACGAAGUUGGGCGUUCAAUAUCCACCCUGAUGGCGAACCAACAGUUCCACAGUAUCGCCUACAAGGCGGACACCCGCAAAGAACUGCUUUCAGCUAUAAAUGAAUUUCUGGAUGAUAGUAUCGUUCUACCUCCCGGCGAUUGGGAGAGACAAGCGUUGCUCCCUAUUGAGGAAAUAAAGGCCAAAAGUGAAGCGAUAAGGAGGCGAAAACAGAAUGCUUUGAAAAAGGCACAGGAAGCUCAAGGAAUCGUCUCAAAGCCUUUGAUUACACAAGGUGAUCAAAAACCGCCAUAUGACCCUUUGGAACGAACUCGUCGACCAUUAGGAGGCCUAAUAAACGAUCUAAAACUACGAUACCCUCACUACAAGAGUGACAUCCUCGAUGGCCUGAAUAUCCAGUGUGUAGCCGCAGCAAUUUUUAUGUAUUUCGCAGCUGUUUCUGGAGCGAUUGCAUUCGGUGGACUGACCGGAGACAAAACAGAAAAUCUUAUAGGCAUAUCAGAAACGCUUCUGUGCACCAGUUUGGGAGGCAUAAUUUUCGCAAUGCUUGCCGGUCAGCCACUGGUUAUCGUCGGUACCACAGGAGCUCUCUUGCUUUUCGAUGAGAGUUUAUUCCAGUUUUGUAAAAGCAGCGAAGCGGACUUUCUAUCCACCAGAGUUUUUGUAGGCAUCUGGCUUGGCAUAAUAGGUGUAGGUGUAGCGACUUUCGAAGGCAGCGUUCUCGUCAAGUUAUUUACUCGAUUUACGGAAGAUAUUUUUUCCACGCUCAUCGUACUUAUUUACAUUAUGGAGAGUCUAGUUAAGGUGUGUGUUUUUUACACGCAGCAUCCGUUGUUAGCAAAUUAUUGCGCGACAGAAAGUAUUGUGAUGAGGAAUGAUUCGUCUUCAGAUGGAUUCAAUGAUACUUCAAUUGGAACAAACACAACUACUGGCGUGGAAAGGAAGGUUAUCAAUAUUUCCAUGAGAGAUGAAACAGGGGCAUUCAUCAAUCAACCGAAUACGGCUCUUUUCUGUACGGUACUUACUUUGGGAACGUUCGCCAUUGCCUACUACUUAAGAAUGUUCAGAAAUAGUCAAUUUUUAGGAAGGAGUGCUAGAAGAGCCCUAGGUGAUUUUGGAGUUCCUAUAGCAAUAGUGAUAAUGGUUUUCGUUGAUUAUAUGGUACCUCAAACUUAUACGGAAAAAUUGAAUGUUCCUGUAGGUCUCUCUCCGUCAGAUACAGAGAAGCGAGGGUGGCUCAUAUCGCCAUAUGGUGUGCCUAUUUGGAUAAUGUUUGCAUCCGCCAUUCCAGCUAUGCUCGUUUACAUUUUAUUGUUCAUGGAGACUCAUAUCUCAGAGUUGAUUAUCAGCAAACCCGAACGUAAACUGAAGAAAGGAAGUGGUUUACAUUCAGAUAUUGUGAUUAUCUGCCUCAUUAACAUCAUUUGUGGAUUUUUCGGUUUUCCGUGGAUUUGUGCUGCAGCUGUAAGGUCAAUCGUCCACACUUCAGCCUUAACUGUGAUGUCUCGUACUCAUGCACCUGGAGAGAAGCCACAUUUGAUCGAAGUUAAGGAACAAAGGCUCUCUGCUCUUUUCGUAUCUAUUUUCAUAGGAUUAUCCGUCUUCAUGUCACCUCUUUUGAGGCUUGUACCGAUGGCGGUUGUUUUAGGAAUAUUUUUAUAUAUGGGUGUUGCCUCCAUUGACGGUAUACAAUUCUUCGAUCGAAUUAAGUUACUCUUCAUGCCAGUGAAGCAUCAUCCUCAGGCAUCAUAUGUCAGAAAGGUCCGGACUGUUAAAAUGCACAUGUUCACAUUUAUCCAACUGAUAUGUUUGAUUUUUUUAUGGAUAAUCAAAUCGACAAAAGCUUCACUGGCAUUCCCGUUUUUCCUCAUUUUAUUGGUGCCCCUGAGAUCCCAAUUAAAGUACUUAUUUUCGCAAAGGGAAUUGAGAGCGCUGGAUGGUGACCAAGCAGAUGUUGACGAUGAAGAACCCGAUUUUUAUGCCCAAGCACCACUUCCCGGUUAAAACCACUCCGUUAGAAACGAAGUCUUAUUGAACCUGUUGCAAUAAUAUUUUCAGCAGUUAUGCGUGCCCACUUGAUAUAAAAUAUAUUGUCGAGUUUGAAUUUUAUGUUACUAUAAAAAGUUUUCAUUUUUUCUGUAAAACAUUUCGAACCUUUAAUAUUGCUCUCUUAUGGAUAUAUAAUAAAAAUAUGACAUUCAAUUAUACAUAAUGGCGAGAA